AUGUCUACCUCUACAACGUCCACAGAUAUCGAGAGCAAGUUUGCAUCAUCUCCCUCGAGUCCUAUCGCCGGAGACGAUACCGCGAAAACAAACAGACUAUGGAUCCGAGCUUUUGUCGACAGCUUCCGGCGAGCUCCCUACGCAGCUGUAGAGACACCAAUAGACGCAGAUGAUGGUGGCUUUAAUCAUGCUGCUGCUGCUCGACGAACAGCAAACAGUGGUCUAGCACACAGGUUAAAGUCAAGACACAUGCAAAUGAUUGCAAUUGGGGGAUCCAUUGGAACUGGUCUAUUCGUCACAUCGGGCUCUACCCUUUCAAUCGGCGGUCCUGCAAGUUUACUCAUUUCCUAUGGAAUCAUUAGCAUUUUGAUGUUUUGUACCGUGCAAGCGCUAGGCGAAAUGGCAGUGCUAUAUCCUGUAGCAGGAUCAUUCUCUGCCUACUCGACUCGAUUUUUGGAUCCCGCCUGGGGAUUCGCUAUGGGCUGGAAUUAUGCAAUCCAAUGGCUUGUAAUACUGCCUUUAGAGAUAGUUGCGGCAUCAAUCACCCUCUCUUUUUGGCCAGGUGCAGGGGAGGUUCACAAGGCCAUUUGGGUAACCGUCUUCUUUAUUAUAAUUGUGUGCAUCAAUCUCUUCAGUGUGCGAGGAUACGGAGAGGCAGAGUUCAUUUUUGCCAUCGUAAAAAUUAUUGCCGUCAUCAGCUUCAUCAUUCUGGGAAUUAUUCUUAAUUGUGGCGGUGGUCCAGAUGGAGAUUACAUUGGUGGUCGUUACUGGAGAACCGCCGGCGCGUUUCAUUCUGGCUUCAAGGGUCUCUGCUCAGUAUUUGUUACUGCUGCAUUUUCAUUCACUGGUAUCGAGCUUGUUGGAAUUGCCGCAGCUGAAGCAGAUAAUCCUUGUAAGUCUGUACCUACGGCCGUGAAGCAAGUUUUCUGGAGGAUAUGUCUCUUUUAUACGGUUUCCCUCACUGUUGUUAGUCUCUUGGUUCCUCACGGUGAUACGCGCCUCCUUGGAAAAAGUACUGACGCCAACGCUUCUCCGUUUGUCAUUGCCAUAAAGAAUGCAGGCAUAGCUAUUGUUCCUUCAAUUAUGAAUGUGGUAAUUCUGGUUGCUGUACUUUCGGUUGGAAAUACUUCCAUCUAUGGUUCCUCUCGCACACUCGCAGCGCUUGCAGGUCAAGGUCAAGCUCCUCACAUCCUUGCUUACAUCGAUCGUCAAGGCCGACCAAUAGUUGCUGUUAUUUUUUCUUCGGCUAUAGGUUUGAUCUGCUAUGUGGGUGCGGGGAGGCCAGAAACUGCAAACAUAGCUCUGAACUGGCUGUCAUCACUAUCUGGUCUAUCAUCAAUUUUUACUUGGGGCUCCAUUUGCCUCGCGCACAUUCGCUACCGAGCCGCAUGGAAAUAUCGAGGUCGCUCUGUAGAAGACCUCACCUUUCGUUCUCAGGUUGGCAUAGCUGGUUCUUGGAUAGGGUUCCUUCUAAACUGCCUGGUUUUAAUUUCCCAAUUCUGGACUGCAAUCUGGCCCAUUGGAUAUUCCGACAAAUCAAGCUCAGAAAUUGCGCAGGGUUUCUUUCGGACCUGCUUAGCGGCACCUGUUGUGGUUAUCUGCUAUGCCUCAUACAAGAUAUAUUAUAAAACCCCUUUUAUGAGUUUGAAUGACAUGGAUCUUGACACCGGUUGUCAAGCGCAUGAUACAGCCGAAAUCAACCGACAGAUGCGUCUUGAGCUGGCACAACGACCUCAAUGGAAGCGAGUCUAUAAGACAAUUUGUUAA